AUGAGCGAAGUGACGCAAGAGGGCGGUCCCGCCGUCGAGUACGACGAGGACAGUGAUGAUGGUGAGCUUACUUUGAAGCUAGCUUGGUUGACUUGGCGCGGUUUUACCGAGCUGAACAGCUCGUUGAACGUCUACUUUCCAGCCUCGGACCGCUCGGACGAGCUCAGCGUUUUGGAGGACGAGCUGGAUCGGCAGAUGGAGGAUGAGCUGGCGAUGGGCGUGAUGUCGCGGCUGAUGCCGAGGCACACCUUUUGGGAGACGUUCACCGAGAGUCAGGUCGUCAAGAUGACGUUCCUCUGCGGCCCCGACGCCCUCGGCUCGUUCGCCAUGAUCUUCAUGACAUACGGAUGGCCAUCGGUGUACGCCCUCUACACGCUGCUGUUCUUCUUCGGCUUCCCCCUUGUCUGCUUGGAGCUGUUCCUCGGCCAGUACACCUCCCAGAACCCGUUGACGCUCUACGGCCAGAUGGUGCCUGCAUUUGAGGGGCUCGGCUACUCGGUGAUGUUGCUGAACUUCUUCAUCAUUGGCGCCCAAGUGCAACAAGUGGCACUAUUUGCAGGCCUCGCAAUAGAAUCGAUCAGCCCCGGCGACGACGCCAAGCAGUACGACACGUGCUCGAACCUGUUCAACAACUACAUCUGCCAAGUCGACCACCCGUACUGCCCGCCCGAGCAGCCGCUGUGGCUCGAGAACAUUUGCGUGUCGAACACCUCGUACAAGUGGAACGUCUAUCUGGACCACAGAAGAAGCUACCACGAGGAGGUCCCGUACAACUACCCGAUGUUUCAAUUUUUAUUCCGCGGCAUCCUCGGCGAAAGUGACCAUAUGUACGUGCGAAGUGACCUCUCGGCUGAAGGUGUCCUUACCUAUUCGGCCAUCUGGUGCUUCGUCUUCGUCGCCAACUCCAACGGCUGGACGUCCGUCAUCAAGGAUACAGCCAUCGUCACCAACACGGCAAUGUUCGUGAACGAGCUCGUGUACGUGUGUGUGACGCGCUUCUGGGAACGGCCACUCAUCUGGAUGUAUCCAGAAGUCACCGACCAGCCAGCUGUCGACCCGGCAGCCAUGGGAAUCUGGGCUGACCAGCCGGUGCGCAUCUACAUCAAGCCGCACAACUUCCAUCCGAAAUACGUGCCACCAGAUCCGGCGAUAUCUCAUCGAUUCGUCUUCAACGAGACGUUUGAGCGCACCGGCGCCAUCUUGGACAUGGACCUCGAGCCAGAUCUUCUUCGCCAGCCCGACAUGCAAAUGUGGAUGAUGCUGGCCGUUCAUGUACUGAACUGCUUGAACUCGUCUGGCAUCACCGAGCGUUUC